CUACUUUUCUGCUUCAUUUUUCAACAACUUUGUUCACAUUUGACCCAGCACACAACAAAUAUAAUAACAAUAAUGGAGGAGAUAAGGAACACGAUCACCUCAACCUCGUACACAGUGGGUUCUUCAGAGAAGGUAUGGUUCUUUUUAAGGACAUGAAGGCCUUUUGACUUACUCUGUAAAUUAAGACUGAAACCAGUAUUACUCUAAACAAUGGUUCUUGGGAUAAGAACUAAGAGCCGGAAAAGCACAGCAGUUCGAUGUGAUUAUUCUGUACAUGUUAAGGAGAUAAAGCCUUGGCCGCCAUCGGAGUCCCUGAGAUCUGCACAAUCUGUUUUGCUUCAAUGGGAGAAUGGUGAUGAAGGUUCUGGGUCCUUAACUUCUAGUGUUGGGGAUGGGAAAAUUGAGUUCAGUGAGUCUUUCAGACUUCCAGUGACUUUAUAUCAAGAAUCGUCCAGAAAAGGCACUGCUCGUGAUAGUUUCCAAAAGAAUGUUUUACAGUUUAACUUGUAUGAACAUCGAAAGGAUAAGGGAGCAAAAGGUCAAUUUUUGGGAUCUGCUGUUAUAAACCUUGCAGAUUAUGGGGCCAUCAAGGAAACUAUCACCAUUAGCUGUCCUAUUAGCUUCAAAAGGAGUUCAAGAAACAUGGUGCAAUCAGUUCUUCAUGUUAAUAUUCAGCCUUUUGAUAAAGAUAGCUCCAGCUCAUCUACAAAGGACAGUUUGUCAAAACAAGUGUCACUGGACAAGGAUGGAAGUGAAUCUGUUUAUGAAUCUAUGAAUGAAGGAAAUGAUGAGGAAACAGAGAUUGCAUCUUUUACUGACGACGACGAUGAUGAUGUUGCCUCACAUUCAUCACUGGCUACCACUUCUUCUGCUCUAGAUCCUUCUGGAGGUUUGCAUGGUAAAAAUGAUAAGAUUAGAUCAGAAUCAGUAAAGGACGACAUUGGAAGGGUUGAGACUGCUGUACCUUCAGAUGGCCUGCAUUCAAGCUUAGGGGUGCAUCCAGUGGCUGAAGGACUCAGACGUGUAAAUGGGAGCUCAACCCCCUUGCCUAUGAAGGGUGAAAUUGGAAGGGUUGAGACCACUCUAUCAUCAGCCUGCCUGGAUUCUAACUCAGGUGUGACUUCAGUGGUUGAAGGACUCAGACAAGUAAAUGGGAGCUCAGAAUCCUUGCCUUCAAAAAAUGUAUUCUCCAAAGUGCAGAAUCCUGAGGGUAGAGUCACAUUCUUAGAUAUGUGUGAAAAGGUGGAUGUAAACUCAAACCAAACAAACUAUAAUGACCCUCCUAUGAAUAGGGAGGAUGGUAAAGCCUGGAAGGAUGCUGAAAACAAUGCAAAGGAAUCUUUAACUCACAAUUUUCAUAUCAAGACCAAGGAGGAAAAGGAGCAACAAGGGAAUGGACAAGGUAGACAUACGGCACAAGGUAAUGGACAUGGUAGACAUAUGGUUGAUGUGAAAAAACAUCCUCCAGAGGACACAUUUCUUCAUGAAUCACCCAAAGAUGCUCUGAGAAGGCAAGUCAAUUUUAGAAAUAAUAGUCUUGCAUCUAGCCAGGCAACAUCUGUUGUGCAAGGUCCUUCCACUAGAAGUGAUAGAUUAAAGAAGUUGAAGUCUGUUCAGUUAAAUUUUGACUCAGCUAAUGACAGCAGUGGUUUGCUUGAAAAGAGCCAUUUCAUGUCUAAGGCAAAUGAUAUUCCUAAAGAUAUUCCUGAUGCUGCUAAAGGAGAUGCACCAAUCAGUAGGGAAGAAACAGUAAACAGCUUUUCCAAUGACAAAGCUGAAUUGGAGUCUAAAAUUGAAAUGCUUGAAGAAGAAUUGGAGUCUAAAAUUGAUUCAGCUAAGAGCACUGGGCUCCUCAAAGAGAACCAUUUCACGUCUAAGGCAACCAUUAUUCCUAAAGAGAUUCCUGAUGCUGCUAAAGGAGAUGCACUAAUCAAAAGGGAAGAAACAUCAAACAGCUUUUCCAACAACAAAGCUGAAUUUGAGUCUAAAAUUGAAAUGCUUGAAGAAGAAUUAAAAGAAGCUGCUGCCAUGGAGGUCAGCCUUUAUUCUGUUGUUGCUGAACAUGGGAGUUCUCCAAACAAGGUUCAUGCUCCAGCAAGACGUGUUUCUAGAUUCUAUGUUCAUGCUUGCAAGGCAAGUUCCCAAGCUAAGAGGGCGAAUGCAGCUAGGGCUGCUCUUUCGGGAUUGGUUAUGGUUUCUAAAGCUUGUGGAAAUGAUGUUCCAAGGUUGACUUUCUGGUUGUCAAAUUCAAUUGUCUUAAGAGCAAUUGUUAACCAGGCUGUUAGGGAAAUGCAGCUUUCUGCUGGACAAUGCUUCAGCAGAAAUAGCAGGAGAAGUGCAUCAGAAGCGUCCUCUCCUCAAGAUGAAAAGGAAAGCAUUCCAUUAGAAAGUUCUGAUGACUGGGAGGACCCUCAAACAUUUUUAGUUGCAUUGGAGAAGUUUGAAGCAUGGAUUUUUUCCCGAAUUGUUGAGUCUGUAUGGUGGCAGACAUUGACACCACAUAUGCAGUCUGCAGCUGCAAAGAGCUCAACAUUGAAAAAAGCCUCAACUAGGAGAUAUGGAUUGAGCGAUCAAGAGCAGGGAAAUUUUUCUAUUGAGCUUUGGAAGAAGGCUUUCAAAGAUGCCUGUGAGAGGCUUUGUCCCCUCCGAGCUGGAGGGCAUGAGUGUGGCUGCUUGCACAUGCUGUCUAAAUUGGUAAUGGUGCAGUUGGUAGGUAGAUUAGAUGUGGCAAUGUUCAAUGCUAUUCUUCGUGAAUCAGCUGAAGAGAUGCCCACAGAUCCUGUUUCUGAUCCCAUUAGUGAUCCAAGAGUUCUUCCUAUUCCUGCCGGAAAAUCAAGUUUUGGGGCAGGUGUACAACUAAAAAAUGCUAUUGGGACCUGGUCAAGAUGGCUUACAGAUCUAUUUGGUAUUGAUGAUAAUGACUGUCCUGAAGUUGACAAUGAAGUAGAUGAUGAUCAAAAUGCCGGAUCUGAAGCAUCAUUCUUCAAGCCUUUCUCUCUUCUCAAUGCGUUGAGUGACCUCUUAAUGCUUCCAUCUGAAAUGCUUGCAGAUAAGUCUACAAGAAAAGAGGUCUGCCCCAAGUUCAGUGCACCGUUAAUAAUGAGGGUUCUUGACUGUUUUGUCCCUGAUGAGUUCAGCCCGAAGCCAGUUCCAGAGACAGUUUUUAAAGCCUUAGAUGAGGACCAAUCUGAGCCUGAGGAAGGGUCUAUCACGAGCUUCCCAUGCACAGCCACUCCUACAGUAUAUUCACCACCAUCUGCAGCUUCACUAGCUGGUAUCAUAGGGGAGAUAGGCAAUCAAACGCUGCAAAGGAGCAAGUCAUCAGUGCUUAAAAAAUCAUACACCAGUGACGAUGAACUUGAUGAGUUGGAUUCACCCCUUACUUUGUUCAUGACCGAGAACUCCCGAGCUUCUCCUACCACAAAAGCACCCAACUGGAUGCCAAACAGAAUGGGAGGUCGAAAGGUUGUCCGCUAUCAGCUUCUCCGAGAGGUUUGGAAUAAUGGUGAAGAGUAAUGAGGUAUUGUUUACUCUCUGUCAAGUGUUCGACAUAUAAUGCUCUAGAAUUCUCUCAUUUGUGCUGAAUUUUGUCUAUAGCUAUUAGAGGUAUUUUGCAUAAUAAUUACAUCACUGUACAGAUGACGAACAAUAUUCAUGUUAUUUUCUUUCAUCUGGUCGGGAAUAGAAUGAGAUAUAUAAAACCUUGGAGAAGAUUCUAAAAACUUCCAAGCGAAGGCCUUAGAUGGUUAUAUAAAACCUAGUUCCAAAGGUGAUUACAACCAUUUCUAAUCAGUCAACUACAAGAACUUUCUGAUAUUCCUUACCCGUUAUAGCUUUCUCAUACUGUCCUCAUGAUUUAAUAUCCCACUACUAUCUAGAAACAGUUUCAGCGAGUUCUUGGAGAAGCCACUCACCAUUACCACUCCUUUUUUACGGCUUGGAACUGGAGUUGCUGAGGAGUUUCUGAGGUUCCAGAACACUAUCUCUGACGCUCCGGCCUCAUGGAACUUUCUUGUUAUUGCUUCGUGGUCUGUCUCCUAGGAACGAGCUGAUACCUGGUCAAACUCCAUGUCAGUAAACACAAACAGCCGUUUAAUCAUCUGAUCUUCUGUAAUGUUCUUUUUCUUGGCAGCCUCCAAAAUCCUGUCGAAAACCUUCUGAAAAUGUGUUCAUCUUCCAAUGCAUCCUGUCUAUGGACUUAAUAUUGGAAUGAAGAUCAUCUCCCUGAAUGAUUUGAAGUUGAGGAUUAUAGCUGAAUGUGAUGAGUUUUCCUUUCAAUGGUUCUUCACUCAGAUCAGAAACCAAUAGUCCAAGUGCAAUCCUUAUGUCCAACGGAAUUCCAAACAUGCUUCGAGAGACAUCACAAAUGGCAAAGGCAGUUACUUAGCUUCCCAAUAGCAGAAAGAUCCUCCACCAUUCUCUGCCACUGUAAAACUGCAACUU